UUGACCUUCAACAGCUAUAACAAGAGGUUGAAGAAUGAGGCCGCAGGAGUUUCCCUUUCUAAGGGUGUAAUAGAGGCCUUAGUAACAUACGGGGACUUCCACCUUCCUGGAGUGUGGAUGCCCAAUGAAAUCCUGGGCAGAAGAAUAACAUGGAGAAACUGGACAAUUGUCAAUGAGUUUGUUCAUGUGGGCUUCUCAGCCCUGUCCUCUGAGCUACAAGCUCUGUUGUUUCUCCUUUUUCUGAUCAUUUACCUGGUUACCCUAAUGGGAAAUGUCCUCAUAAUCCUGGUCACUACAGAGGACUCUGCCCUCCAAAGUCCUAUGUAUUUCUUCCUCAGGAACUUGUCUUUCCUGGAGAUAGGUUUCAACUUGGUUUUUCUGUCCAAAGUGCUGGGGACCCUGGUCAUCCAAGACACAACCAUCUCCUUCCUUGACUGUGCUACCCAGAUGUACUUCUUCUUCUUCUUUGGAGCUGCUGAGUGCUGCCUCCUGACCACAAUGACGUAUGACCGCUAUGUGGCCAUCUGUGACCCUUUGCACUACCCAGUCAUCAUGGGUCACAGGGCCUGUGCCCAGCUGGCAACUGCCUCCUAGUUCUCAGGAUUUCCAGUGGCUACUGUGCAAACCACAUGGAUUUUUAGCUUCCCUUUUUGUGGCCCCAACAAGGUGAACCAUUUUUUCUGUGACAACCUCCCUGUCAUUGCACUGGGCUGUGCUAAUACCUCUCUGUUUGAACUGGAGGCUCUGACAGCCACUGUCCUAUUCAUCUUCUUCCCUUUCUUGUUGAUCCUGGGGUCCUAUGUCUGCAUCCUCUCCACUAUCUUCAGGAUGCCCUCAGCCAAGGAGAAGUGCAAAGUCUUCUCCACCUGUUCCUCCCACUUCCUGGUUGUCUCCCUCUUCUACAGCACUGCCAUCCUCACAUACUUCAGACCCCAGUCCAGUACCUCUCCUGUGAGCAAGAAGCUGCUGUCACUGUCCUACAGGGUGGUGACUCCCAUGUUGAACCCUAUCAUCUACAGCUUAAGAAAUAGUGAAGUAAAGACUGCACUGAGGUGGGCCAUCCACAGGACCUGGGACCCUCAGAAACUAUGACUGACUUAGAUGGAAACUGAGCGGGUAGAAUGCAAGGACAAAGGAAAGAAAAGCACGUUCCUCAAAUAAGUCUUUUGUCUCUACUCUUUCCAGUAGCCACAGUAUACCCACUGGGAUUUUGGACUUUCCACUGGGAAUGAAAGAACAUGAGUGAUGAAUGAACUUCAAUAGGCCCAGUAUUCUCUGGGACUGGGGUACCAAUGUCUCUGAGGAUGCUACUAGUUUACACAAAUUAGCAGCCUAUCGAAGGCUGACA